UAUUGUUAUUAUUUCUUAUCCAGUUCAACCUGCAUCCUAAAUAUCUGAACGUCAUUUCUCGGUAUCUGUCAUUUGUUGAUACGUGCGAAGCAAUCAUGUUUACCUCGCAAACUUCCAUGCAAACGUCCUCCUUCCAAGAUUCAAUUGACGUGGAAGAAAAGGAUACGGAUUAUGAUAACGAAGAGAUGGGAUAUAAUCAGAAAAUACAGUUGAACUGUUACUAUACCAUUUAUCUCUACCAAGGCACCAGAUCUGAGGCAGCUGCAGAGGGCAACGUGGCAUGGAGCCAGAGAAGAACAGAUUCCACAGCCAGUACCAGUCAGGAAGACUUUAGCCUCACCCUAGUGGACAGCAGCCUGCCGGUAGAGGCGGAGCCUGAGCUACGAUGCUACAUCUCCCGGAGGCUGAGCAAAGGAGCCCUGCUCGGGGGCAUGGGAAACAUUGCCGCCGUGGAGCUCAGUGUCCCAGAGGCAGCGGUGGGCUGUUACUGCUGUCUCCUGGAGCAGGAGAGAUCCCCAGAGCAGCCCGACGUGGACGGCAAUGGCUAUGUGAUCUGCCUGAUGGGAGGCUCUGAGAAAGGCCUCAACCUGUUUAGACUUGAACUGGACAAGUACGUGCAAGGCCUGCAGAGCAGUCUACAGACUGCUGAGCUGGUGAACCUAGAGACUGAGAUCAGGCCCUACCUGAGCAUGUGGUACGAGGAGUCGGUGAUGCACAUCCACAGAGUGGUGCAGAUGGUCCAGGGGAGCAUCAGCUUCCUGCUAUAUGCUGCUCUGAGUCACAUACACGUGGAGGUCACCAAUGCAGAUGACAGGACCAAGGCUGAUGUUGCUCGGUUCAUUAAGGCAGCCAGUCUGCAGGGCCUGGUCCAGGAGGACACUACCACAGCCUCUCUGUAUAAGGCCUCAGAGGCUCUUACUGACCUGGUCAUAGACUGCUCCACCAGCCCUCCUACACUCUCCAACACAGUCAGUAACCGUUUCUGUGACGGUUGGAUCCAGUCAUUCCUGAACGCAGCAGAACGCUGUAACCCUUUCCUCCUCAGACAGAUCCUGGAGAACUUCAAACUCAAGGCCAUUCAGGACAUGAACAGUCUGAAGCGGUUCAUCCGCCAGGCUGAGUCGAGUCACUACGCUCUGUUCCGCUGCUGCCAGUUCCUGCAGGGCUGUGGGAAUGGGGACGUGCUGCUCCAGAACGCCCACGCCGAGCACCGGGACCUCCCUGAGGCCUGCAGCAUCAUCCGCGUGCUGGACCAGUUCCUCAGCGAACAGCAGGCCCAGGGAUGAGGAUAGGGAUGAGGGACACUGACACACCGCAGCCACCAGGUCGGCGAUAGUUAAAGUCAAAUUGGCAGUGACACCUCGAGGGCGGCGGUAGUUCAACUCUAACCUACCCAGUCUCAACACCAUGGCCUGUAUUUAUAAAUGAUCCUAUAGAAGUCACAACUCCUGUUCUGAGAUGUGAAUUUGUGAAUACAGGCCCAGACCUGUGUGAAAUAGGGGUGUGCUUGAUUUGAGUUAGCCACUUUUGGGUCCAUUUCUUUUGUUCAAUUGUUGUACCAGACUAACUAAAUCAAGCACAGCACAAGGAUGUGGAAGUAUUUGACCCAGGUCUCCUCACACGGGAACUGUUCCAUGCUAGAUGUCAGUGUGUAUCUGUAUUUGACCCAGGUCUCCUCACACGGGAACUGUUCCAUGCUAGAUGUCAGUGUGUACCGUAUUGGGAACUGUUCCAUGCUAGAUGUCAGUGUGUACCGUAUUGGGAACUGUUCCAUGCUAGAUGUCAGUGUGUACCGUAUUGGGAACUCUUCCUUUACCGUUGGUGUUUUACAGUUGGUCCCUGUCUUCCAUUUGGGGUGUGAUUGAAUAGCUUUUACCCAGAAGAAACAGACCAAGUAUGUUGUAUCUGGAUCAGAAUUAACUCUAAAAACAAAAAUAUCCAAAGUCAUGUUAACACUAGUGUUUUCUUUGCUGGUAAUUAAAACACGCAGUACUAUAAACGAAUGGAAACACAAUCAGUAUGUUUAACCCAGACUAUACAUCUCAACCAUUUGUUUUGCUUGUCUUACAUCAUGUCCAAAUGUUGUAUUUCUUUUCAACUAUUAGUGUUGCUUGCCUUUUGUCUGCAUGUCAGUAUGCUAUCAACAUACUACAGUACAAUCCUGCUUUUCUGCACAGUGGAACAAUGCACAAAUCACUUUAAUCAGCUUUUGUUACUUACUCAAUUUCACCAGUAAAGAAAUUGCUACACACUGACAUUCCCACGUAGCUCAGUUGGUAGUGCACUGCACUUGCAACGCCAGGGUUGUGGGUUCGAUUCCUAAGGGGGACCAGUACGAAAAUGCAUGCACUCACUACUGUAAGUCGCUCUGGAUAAGAGCUUCUGCUAAGUGACUAAAUUUAUGCGCUGCUUGUUUUUGUAUUUCUGUUGCUGACUGCUGUCUUCGUCUUAUCUAAAGAUACUUGUUCAUGUGGUUAAUCCUUAGUAGGGAAUAUUAGUGUUGUAGAGGCCAACGUGUUGUAUAUCUACUUCACAGGAGGCUGCUGAGGGGAGGAUGGCUCAUCAUAAUAAUAGCCAGAACGGAGUGAAUGGAAUGGCAUCAAACGCAUAGAAACCAUGGAAACCAUGUGUUUAAUACCAUUCCACCCUUUCCUCUC